GUCGUUGUCGCGUUAACGGUAGCGUGAAUUCCCACAAUGAAAUAUUCGUGACCAUAUUUGCAUUUUAUUCUCAUGUUUGGAUGUGACUAAUCGUGUGUAGAACAUUGCAAUGGAAAACAGGGUUGAAGACAAGUCGUGUGUAUCUUCCACUGUCACAUUAACACCAGAAAAUAAAGAAGAGAAUGUCUAUAAUCCCUUCAAGCAUAGAAAUGUUGCCCAUCCCACAUCAACCAGCGGAUCAUUCUUCCACCUAUUAAAGUCAUCCUUGGGAUCUGGACUGCUGGCGAUGCCAGCAGCAUUUAAGAACACUGGAAUUAUACCUGGUUGCUUUGGUACCGUGCUAGUAGGGAUAAUUGCAACCCACUGUGUUCACAUACUGGUGCAAACAUCUCGGGAAAUUUGCCAAGAAUGCAGGGUCGGUUCACUAAGUUACACAGACACGUGUGCCAAAGUCUUCGAGCGCGGUCCGAGGAGAUUGAGGCGUUAUUCCGUAGCUGUCCGGAAUUUCGCUGACUGUUCGAUGGCCGGAGUCUGUCUCGGAGGAACCAGCGUCUAUGUGAUUUUCAUUGCCUCUUCUUUGAAAGAUAUGCUGGAUCAUCUAACAAGUCUACAGUACUCGGUCGAAAGUUACUGCGCAAUGUUGUUACUUCCCUUAGUAUUGCUUACUCAAGUGCGAUACUUAAAGUUCUUGGUUCCUUUUUCUCUCCUAGCGAACGUCUGUUUGUUAAUAACGUUUGCUAUUACGUGCUUUUACACGUUUGGUGAUUUACCGGAUACAAGCAAAGUGAAAUUAGCAGCUGGUAUGGAAGGAUGGCCUUUAUUUAUAAGUACAGCAAUAUUUGCGAUGGAGGGUAUUAACGUCGUAAUGCCAGUGGAAAACGAAAUGAAGAAGCCCCAGGACUUUCUUGGCUGUCCAGGUGUUUUAAAUAUGACCAUGGCACUUGUAGUCAUACUUUAUGGUGUCAUGGGCAUAUUUGGCUACAUGAAGUAUGGAGAGGAAGUGCUUGGCAGCAUUACAUUGAAUCUGCCCCAAGAUGAAAAUUUGGCUUUGACAGCCAAAGUGUUGGUUGCAAUCGCUGUGUUCUUCACAUACGGCUUGCAAAUGUACGCACCUAUGGAUAUCCUAUGGUUAAGGAUCGGAUCCAGAGUUGGACAGAAGUACCACAAUCUAGGCCAGAUAAUACUUCGAACAGUAAGCGUAACCCUAACAGUGGAGAAAAAGAACAACACACUACGCCAAGGCGUCCUACCAAAAUUUAAAAUAUUGGACAGUAAGAAUUGUAAUCGCCUGCAUAAGGUUCAAGCCGUAUGACCGUGCAGAACGUAUAUGGUCCAGUAGGUAACCCAAAAUUCUGAGGUGUCCAUCUCUCUCUCUCUCUACUCCAAAUUCUAUGCUGUUCUGUACUUGCUUAACUUUUCAGUCCAUCGGAGGAGUUGGUAGAUUCUUUCAAUAUUUGGUUACAUUGUGAAGGCUGAUAUGGUAAUAGAGUAGUAUGUUAAAGUUAAUGAAAUUAUGAGAUUAUUUAACUAAUUUAGAUAUAAUUUGGCUAACACAAGGUUAUAAAUAGAAUAAGAGUUUCUUUUUAUCAAAGUAUCGCGUGUAUAACUACAAUUCGCGAUAAUCACGGGAAAUAACGAGUAAUCAAAAGCAAAAUUAAGUUCAUUUGACAGUCGUUUUUCCGGGGAACAUUUAUUUACAAAUAACAAAUACUAAUAGAUUUAUGUUUAUAUUUACAAAAUUUCGGAAUAAAUUGUUUUAUUUUAAGAUCGAGUUUAAAUAACAAGGAAAUGUUUUAUUUACUUUUUAAUUAGUUACAGAUCCUUCUUAAGGAAUUAAAUUAUCAAUCAGCUUAUAUAUGAAUAAAGCAUUACGCAAUAUAUAGCACUUUGUACUUAAGUAAAUGUAGAGUUGGACCUUUAUAGGUUACUUACUAAGAUAACUAUAGAUUAACGUCUCGGGUCCUUAUUAGUGAUAGAGCCUACGGAUGUGUGCCGCUGAUAUAUAUCUACAUAAUAAAACGUAUUAACUGUAUAAGUCGAGGAGUUAUAGUAUUAGAAUUGAUUGAUGCAACUGUUAACCAAAAUAUUUACAAAAUUGGGCCGUAACUUAAAUUACUGUAAACAGUAAACAUAUCGAGUAUUAGUUAAAUCUACUCGAGCGCGGUAGAUGUGGCUACUUAUAUGCAAAAGGUGUGCAUUUUAAUAGAAAUUACAGACAGAGGGGAAGGGUAAGUACCUCAACGUCAUGCCCAGAUUUCCGAGGCUUUUUUAUUAUGAACGAGAUAUUAUGAAUAAUAUUAUGCAAAGGUCUUAGAGACGUGUCUUUUUUAAUCGAGGAUUCCUUCUUUAAUGCGCAAAUAAUAUUUCCACAUUGAUUGCGCAUUUCGUCUGCUUUGAAUCAUAAUUAAUUUUAUUUAUAUUUCUAUCUGUUAAAGUAAGUAGGUUAAUGCGCAAUUAUAUCAUACGGUUUAAAGAACUUCAUUACCAAAAAGACAUAUAAUUCUCAAUUACGUGAAGAAGAAAUUUAGAAAUAAAUUUCUUUGCAUUUAGAAACAAAUAACAUUAAGGAACAUUUUCAAUUACCGAAUUGAGGCAUAUAUUAUUAAUUAUAACGUUAUAAUAAUACAAAGCUUUAAUUCGGUAAAAAAGUGUUUUCUUUCAAUGUGUAAAAGCUAUGUCAAAAAGACAAUACUAUGAGGUAUAUACAGUUAGGUAUUUUUUUUAAAUUAAUUACUAAUACAAUUAUCCUUACCGAAUUAUUUUAAGUUAGUGCCAAUAAUAUACUUGGUUAAUGCAUGUUGAAUGUUGUAAUCAAUAUUUUUAUUUUUCUACGAGUAGAUUGGUAAACAUUUGCGCCUAGGGCAUUAAUUGAUUAUAAAUUGAUUGUAUUUCCGUAACCACUAACGUGUGCGGUUUGGGUAUGACUAGAUAACCUACUCGCCGCGUUCAAAAUUCAAGGUCUGGUUAAUGUUAUAUAUACUACUAUCAUUUAAAUAAUAAAUAGGACCAAUUAGGAAUACCAUAUCUGGGGAAAUCAAUUACUUAGUCAAUUCAUAAACUCUCCUACAAACAGUACUGAUAUCGCGCGUGAUUGUGUUAGCAGCGCCAUGUCCUGGCAGAAUGAGUAACAAACAGUAAGUGUAAUAUUGUAUAAAAAUGAUAUAUUGCACUUCAAUUUUUUUUAUCGAGUAGGUAUUUUUAAUAGCAUAGGUAAUACUGAGCUCGUUAUUGGGCGAACUCCUUCGAUAUCUUAUAUUAAAAAUACUAUUAUCUCUUAAGUAAAUGUCAAGUUUGAUACUGAAUCAAAACACAUAAACUAUACAAAAUAAUCCAAUCAAAAAUAACCUAAAGUUUUUUAUUAUUAUCUUCAGACUUCAAACCUGUAACUUCCUUCAUGUAAUCGCCAAAUCGCUGAUAUCGGAUGGCAUGAAUGUCGCCAUUUUACUCAAUAUUCAUUUAUUACAGAAAUUCAUACAUUAUCUUUACAGACUAUGCUAUAUCGACUAUAUAUUUAUGAUUAUAUCGAGAAAAAUAUAAUAAAGUAUAUAACAUGUAUUUGAUUCUGUAAGCACAUUGUAGCCGCAACAGUUUCGAUGCCCU